AUGUCCAGCCAUCUCCCCAACACCGAUAUUUUUGCACUCAAUCCAUACGAUUCACAUCCCAGUCUUUCUCCUCUCGAGGCUGCUGUCCUCUGGGAGUACGCUAAGCUCGCCCAGAAUGUUCGAAUGCAGACAGUGCUCUUCCUCAAGGUCACCCAAAAGACGCGUCUUCUCAGCGAGGAACCCGACAAAGUAAUGCUAGCCAAGUUGCGCAUUCUCGAGAAGAAGAUGGGUCUCGUGCUGACUUUGUUCAAGGCUUCUGUCUGGGGAGUUAUCAACGACCAACCUGAUCCCUCUAUCCGCAGCGAGGGAUUCAGCGAUGCCAAUGACAUGACCAUCAGGCGUUGA